AUGGCGACGUUGAAAUCUUCUUCUGGUGCUGUACCAGAGGUCCAGAAUGGUGAAGAUUUCAAAGUUCAAGUGUUCUCAUCAUCAUCGGAGUUGCUCGAGAAGCUGCAUGACAAGUGGUCAGGGAAGCGAAAACCCUACCCUGCAAUGUAUUCUAGUAUAUUUGAUGGAAUUAUUCUCGACCCAGAAAUGAUGGUUAUUCCAAUAGAUGAUCACAUGGUUCAUCGAGGACAUGGUGUCUUCGACACAGCUAUUAUUCUUGACGGAUUUAUAUAUGAACUGGAUGUCCACCUUGCCCGUUUUCUUAGAUCAGCAUCCAAAGCAAAAAUAACUUCUCCCUUCUCCCAAUCAACUCUUAGAAGCAUUCUUAUUCAGCUUGCAGCAGCAUCGCAGUGCAGGAAAGGAACUCUUCGGUACUGGUUGAGUGCAGGGCCUGGAGACUUCUUACUCUCUCCCGCAGGUUGCCCAACACCAGCCUUCUAUGCUGUAGUCAUUGAUGAAGAUUUCUCUCAAUGCAAAGAAGGUGUCAAAGUAAUAACGUCUACUAUCCCAAUGAAAUCACCUCACUUUGCCACUAUGAAGAAUGUAAACUACCUGCCAAACGUCCUCUCGAAGAUGGAAGCCGAGGAGAAGGGGGCAUUUGCAUCUAUAUGGGUUGAUGAUAAAGGCCAUAUCGCCGAGGGUCCAAAUGUGAACGUUGCUUUCAUAACUCCUGAGAAAGAGCUUGUCUUGCCGUUCUUUGAUAACAUUCUAAGUGGGUGCACUGCGAUAAGGCUUCUUGAGUUAGCACCUAAGUUGGUGGAGCGAGGGCAUUUGAAGAGUGUGAAAACUGCCAAUCUCACUAUGGAGUUGGCCAAAGGAGCUUCUGAAAUGAUGUAUGUUGGAAGCACGCUGCCAAUAUUACCAAUCGUCAUGUGGGAUGAGAAGCCUAUAGGAGAUGGAAAUGUGGGAAAAUUGACAAUGGAACUUUCAGAUUUGCUGUGGGAAGAUAUGGUUGCUGGCCCUGAAACGCAGAGGAUCCCAGUUCCUUAUGCUUAG